UGAAGUGAAUUGUUCUGUCGUGACAAACGUGAAAUUGUAAGAAUUGUAUCAUAGCGUAUCAGAAAACGUCAGGUUACGAGAAUUGUGCUGUAGGAUAGCCGUCCAAGAUGAACGAUAUACGUAACAGUAAGAAGGAGAAGAAUCAGCACAUACAGGUUUUUGCACGCGUUAGACCAAUAAAUAAUAGUGAGAAAGUUGGGAAAUCAUUCUCAGUAUUGGAGUUACCGUCUAAUAAAGAAAUAGUGGUGCGUGAAAGGCCACUAGACAAACAUUCGAGAAAGUUUACAUUUGACAAAGUGUUUGGACCCAUAUCCAAACAGAUAGAUGUAUAUAAUGCAGUCGUUAACCCAUUGCUUGAAGAAGUUUUGGCUGGAUACAAUUGUACGGUAUUUGCUUAUGGCCAAACUGGUACAGGGAAAACGUUCACUAUGGAAGGUGUUAGUAAUGAUCCGACAUUACAUUGGCAAAGUGACACGUCAGCUGGAAUUAUACCACGUGCAUUGAGUCACUUGUUUGAUGAGUUACGUUUGUUGGAAGCACAAGAAUUUACAGUAAGGGUCAGCUUUCUAGAGCUAUAUAAUGAAGAAUUGUUUGAUUUGUUAUCGCCCAGUGAUGAUGCUUCGAAAAUAAGGCUAUAUGAAGAUUCUACUAGGAAAGGUUCAGUGAUUAUUCAUGGAUUGGAAGAAGUAACUGUGCAUAACAAGAAUGAAGUUUACAAGAUUCUUGAGAAAGGAUCAGAAAGAAGACAAACAGCUGCAACUCUGAUGAAUGCUCAGUCUAGCCGUUCUCACACCGUAUUUUCAAUUACCAUUCACAUAAAAGAGAACAAUAUGGACGGUGAGGAACUCUUGAAGACGGGGAAAUUAAACUUGGUAGAUUUAGCUGGGAGUGAGAAUGUUGGAAGAUCCGGUGCAGUUGACAGGAGAGCGAGAGAAGCUGGAAACAUUAAUCAAUCUUUAUUGACUCUCGGUCGCGUUAUAACAGCACUUGUUGAGAGAGCACCUCACAUACCAUAUCGGGAAUCAAAAUUAACAAGACUUCUGCAAGAAUCAUUAGGCGGACGCACAAAGACGUCAAUCAUUGCAACAGUCUCACCGGCGAGCAUAAAUCUUGAAGAGACAUUAUCGACAUUAGAUUAUGCUCAUCGGGCCAAAAAUAUUACGAAUCGCCCUGAGAUCAAUCAGAAGCUCUCUAAGAAAGCAUUGCUUAAAGAGUACACUGAAGAAAUUGAGAGACUCAGGAGAGACUUGUUGGCGUCGCGUGAACGGAAUGGUGUAUAUUUGGCGCAGGAUAAUUACAACGAGAUGCAAAUUUUAAUUGAAAAUCAGAGCAAGGAAAUUGAAGAGAAAAUAUCGCACAUUAAAGUGCUCCAAGAAGCAAUGGAAGCUAAAGAGCAAAUAUUCAAUGAGUUACAAGCGAAGCAUAUAGAGCAAACCAGUCAGCUACACAACACCGAGGAGUUAUUGGAAACCACCACACAUGCUUUGAGCUCGACUACCGCACGCUUACAAAUGACGGAACGUGAGAAGGAAGAACAAUCCCACGUGAUAGAGAAACACGUAUCCACUGAGAAACAACUUUUCUCGCAAGCUCAAACGCUUUUGACUGUUGCCGAUACGGCGACACAUGAUGUACACAAGCUUCAUGAUAAAAUUUCUCACAAAAGACAAUUGGAACAGGAAAAUGAACAUCUCAGUCAUCAGUUCCGCUGCAGUACCGCAAAACAGUUCCAGGAAAUUGAAAAUAAUAUCUCGCUUUACGCACAGGAAUUAACACAAUUUUGCACUUCUAUGAAAAGUGACAUUGGCGCACAGAUGGAACAAUGCAAAGAAGAUAUAGAUUCGAUGAUAUAUCAUAUGACCAAUGAUAUCGUUAAUAAAGAAAAAUCUGCAGUAGAUAACUUUAUAACGAACAUGGAUACAUUGCACGAGGAUUAUCAGCAACGGUUGGACACAGAGAUUGAACAUUCCUCAAAUAUGACUGAUCGUGAAUGUAAAUUUCUAAAUGAUAUAUCUUCGAAACUAACAUCGAAGAUCAGCGAUUUAAUACAAAAUAAAAUUGCGAUGAACUUGCGGCUUUUAAAUGAAGACGUAUCUCAGAAGUUGGAUAAAUUAUUAACAUAUACGAAUGAAUCAAUAAGUCAGCUUUGUAAUUAUAGACUGCAAGAAUGUGAAAGUUUGUGUAAAAGUAUAACCGAGAUCAAAGAGAAUAUACAAAUUGUUCAUGAAGGUGAUUCUAAGAUCAUGAAAGAGCAACAAACGUUUAAGAAGUCCUUCGAAGAAUUAUGGUUGCAAUUCAACAAACUGAAUGAGAAUAUGACUGAAAACUAUUCCUCGGCAUGUUCCGCCUUAAGUCGUGUUAAUGUGUCUUGCGACAGCACGAAUAACGAAAUUCUUGCCAAUUACGAAAAGUCUGUUGAAAGAAACGAAGCCAUGCAGCAGAAGAUUCAGAACGAUAUACGCACGCUGAAGAGUGAUAUUCAAUCUGGCAUGGAAACGAAUUGGACGUUAGCAGAGGAAGUUACGACUCGGGGCCAUAGUGCGAUCGAUGAACUUGAAACCGAUUUAACUAACAAUUGUGACAUAAUAAUGAAGAAUAAACUACAUGCUGAACAAAAUAUGAAGCAAUUGAAGGAGAAAUUAAAGGAAGAUAAGGCCACUGCCACCGCAUCCGUGAAAAAUAUCUAUAAUAUACUCUUACAAGGAAAUGACGGCCACAUGAAGCUUCUGGAGAAUUUAAGGAACCGGAAUACACAGGUAUCCACGAGUAUGAACGACAAGAUCGAGAUUCAAAAUGAAAAUUCGUCUGAAUGGAGCGACAAGACCACCACGCAAGUGCGCUCGAUGCAACAAAAGGUCGAGAAGUUCCUGCUUGAAGAUAUACGGCGCGAUACUCCAACUGGUUUAACUCCUGCGAAGAAAGAAUACCAAUUUCCGCGACACCUUGUUGUAACGUCGCCACAUGAACGAAUCAUUCAGAGGUUUAGGGAAGCUAGAAGUCGUGUCGAUAAUUCUGACGAUGAGGUAAAUGUUAAUGUACCUGUUUACUGUGAAGCAUUACAGAGAAAUAAAUCGUCGAGGAAAUAAUACCAACGAAUGUGAAGCCAGUGAACAUGAAUAAAGUGGUAUGUUUGAUUUAAUACAUACCUAUCGUGUUUGCAGGAAACAACAUUAGUUAAUAAUAACUCACCGAGGAAGCAAUGUCCGAAUGCGAAUUAAAUACUUUAAUUGACA